ACGCACAUGCUACACCUGAUGCACGAGAUAAUUUUUUCGUUGAUUCUUCUGGACAUAGUGACCCAGCGACUCCUAGUGUAUAGGCCAUCUGCAGCCGAAUGCACGUCAUCUUUGCCGCCACUCCCACGGAACCCACUUACAGCUGAUAGCGAUGCAGAAAUAUGUAUGGAAGGGUCGCUAGUAGAACAGCCCCGACUGGCGCCUUCGAUGCGAGUGAUCUCCGCGACCCCGCUACGAGUCUAUCUGGACGUGGCACAUCUUGUGGCGCUGUUUUUGUGACCACUCCAACG